AUGGAAACAUUACUUCAGAAGUUGAAACGAGAAAGUGGGAAGCUGACGGCUCUAGGCGACGCCUGUGAACGAACUCUUAGCACUGCUACCGCAUCGCCUUUUGAUUCUGUCGGAAUAGACACGUCUACGGCUAGUGCGAGGCCGACCACCUUAGAGAAGAACGUUGCUGUUGCCUGGCACGAAACAGACGUCUUUGUUCCUUUGUCUCAGGCUGUUCUGUCGAGACAGGCAAGGCUAGCUGUGCUGGCCUUGGAUGGAAUUGAGGUACUUUGGUCCUCGGCUCAGUGUCCAAACCCUUGUUCUUUGACAAACUCUGACAGCACCAAUCUGGAGCUUGCUACUGCAGAGAGUAACAGAGAACCCAAUCAGAGUCUCAUGAGAAUUCAAGUGAACAUACUUCAACUACUGGCAACAAGUUGGUUAUUUUAUAGCAACUGCAGUGAAGUCUUAACGAGAAUCGUGAAGGUGCUUCUCAGUUUAUGUUCUGUUGCAUCUGCUCGGCCAAGUACAGAUCAAUUGAUGUCAGUGGUGGAUAUCUACAUCAAGAUUUCUACAAAAGUGUCACAUACUACCGUGCAAACAGCUUGUCGAGCCUCAUUGAAUCAACUCAUUGAAACUCUUUGCAAAGAUGCUGCAGCAGCAUGUGGUUCUGAUAUUCACCAGGCAAACAAAGGUGGACUAGAUCGUUAUAAUGCUGUGGUAGUGUUCAUUUGUGGAAAGAUUCUGACUGCUAGGUCAGGUCAAGUUGGGAAAAGUCGAGAGCAGGCAGAACUCCAGAGCUGUCUGGAUUUCUUUUUUCGACUUCUUUCCUUCACACCAUUCAUUUUCACAACACAGGACUCGUUUCUAGAUGUUAUUCAGAACUCUGUGUGUGUAAUGCUUGUGAGCCUUCUAAAUCCCACGGAACUAUCGGAAACAAAGACAGGAGGACGAACUGGAAAAAUGAUGUUUAGGAAAUCAGACCAGAACUGUCUGACGUCAACCUGCUUCCAGCUUUGCUGCUUAAUAUCAGUUGAACUUGUGAGACUGGUGGGCUCAAUAAGUGCAGCAGCUUUGUCAUUGGCGUCAGUGUUUCAUCAACUGCUUUUGGGAGCUCCGGCCACAAGUCGGGCUCCAGCAAUCGAACUAUGCUUAGGGAAAGUUGUGUCAUCACCCAGCCGAUUGCUGGAUUUUUGUGGCCCUCGAAAGGGUCACAACAAAUUUGAGCCUCACAGUGACGGAGAUUUGGAUCUUUUACGACUGUUACUCCCAACUGUUGUGGAUACUGUCAAGACAGGCGGGCAAAAAUUUUUCAACAUUGCUGUGCAGACUGCGCUGAGUUUGCUGACGUCAUUACAACAGAUUGUUGAUAUGAAAGAUAUUGAGCAAGAAGUAUUAGAACGGUUGAACAAUGGUGUUGGCAAUAUGAAAGGCAGUGACAUACUUAAACAGCAAACUGGGUGCAAGUUUGAUGAAACAGUGAGUGGCAUUGCUAGUACUUUACCACUAAUAGGGUCUGAGUCAGAGGACGUGACAAGUGCUGUUAGUCACUUUGUUGACUCUCUUGCUGCUAUUCUUCCGUCAUUGUUGGAGGCCAGUACUACUCAGUUGGUGGACCAGAUGUUACAGAACUUUGCAUCCAAGUUUUUUCUUGCUAGUACGUCGAAUGACAGAGAAACCGCCGGGCAAAUACUUUUUUUGAAUGCCGAUGUUGUGUAUGCUACAUUGUAUGCUGUUAUGAUGCUGAAUUAUCAGUUGUUGUCAAGUGGUUUCUAUGCAGAGAGGAAGACUCCUGAGUUUAUGCUGCAGGUACAAUUUGCUGAACAACUUACUAGUCUUUGUCCAGGAAGUUGCUUCCCACGGGAAGGGAGUGAUCAAAUUGUGAGAAGUGUGAUGAAUUGUAAUCUUCUAGCUGUGGCAGGAUGGCCUGACAUCUCAUCGGACAAGGACAUCGUUAUACCCCUUAUUAGAUUGCUUACGGCUCUUCUUGGCAAAGAAGUGGAAGGAGCGGACAGCAGCACUGACGAGGACAUUGGGAAAGCUGGUCAACUGAAGCAGCUGCUGUAUGAGAUAGCACAGAGGAUUCUUGAUGUGGCUUGGAGCUCAUUGCUGGACAUUCUUUCUCUGCCUUUUCAAACAUCUGUUGAAUCAUCUUCUGUGUUUCGAAUAGGUUUAGGUCAUUCUAAUUCAUCAGCUUCUAUUACACCAUUGUGUCUCAAGGGGCUCAGAUUAAGUGUUCGUCUGUGCUGCCGUUUGGACAUGCAAGGUCAUUGUGCAGAUGCAUUUUUACAUAUGGUCGACAUGGCUUGCACAAACGAAGGGAAAGAAGUUCGUCUCUCCUCUUCUGCUGUGUUGUGUAUGGAAGCACUGUUGGACACGGCAGUUCAAUGUGCAUCAAAGUCUCCAGACUGUUGGCAGCAUGUGUUCAGGUGUUGUCAGUACAUUUGUGAGCUUGAGAGAGCUGCCUUUGCUGCAAUGCAAACACCUCGUUCUCCAACCACUGUCGAGUCUAAUGUAACGAAUAUCCUUCUGAAAUCGUUGUCAGACAAGGAAUUAUAUGAUAACCACCUGUUAGAGCCAGCACAAGCAAGAAGUGUUCUCAGUCUUUUGUCUGGAAUGGUUGAGUCAGUGUGUGAUCAGGCAUGUGAUACUCUCAGUUGGCAUGAAUUGAAAACAUUUGUACAGUUGCUAUGCAACACUGUCAGGAAGGGAUUAGGGCAUGGUGGAGCUUAUGGGCAUUGCCACCUGUCUAAAUCAAACUCAUUGAGUUUGUCUGUUGGUUUGCAACUGAGAUGGAUUGCUGACGUACUCACCAGAUUUGCUGCAGAUGAUCAACGUCCUCUUCUACAUCUGGUCAUUUUGUGGUCCAUGGCAUCGGAAACACUUGUGCAGGCUACAUGUCAUGCUGAUCGUCAAAUUGCUAAAGACUCUGUUGCUUUACUGCAUGACAUCAUGAGCAGGGUACUUGUAACAUACAAAGAAAAACCGGGCUUUACUGUUCAAGAGAUGAUGUUCAGAUCUUUAGAAACACUAUUGGCCUUGCAGUUGGUUGAUUCUGAUACAGAACAUCAAGUUGUAACAUCUAUAUGUGAGCUGGUUGAAGCAUCAACCACAGAAAUUAAGUCAGGAUGGCAACCUGUGUUUAGAGCUAUUUGUGCAGUGAAGCACACACCUUAUACUAGUAAAGCAGCGAACAUAACACAGAACAGGAAGAAUUCGACUCGCAAUGCAGUUCUGGAAGUUGUGGCUGCUGUAUUGAACCAUGGAGAUCCUUCUGUGUUUGCUGAGGCAGCCAUACCGUGUGUUCAGUGUUUGUUAAAGUUGCUUUUAGAUGAACUGCCUUUCGUGCAGAAUAUUAGUGAAGAGUUGGAGACAAGUGAAAUGACCUUUAGUCAGGAAUCAUUUUCUUGUGCUCUGGAUAAUCUUAGUCGUGUUGCCAAGGCACUUUCGACAAUUUUUGCAAUGUGUAACCGGCCGAAGUUCCGAGGUGCUGAGAGGAUAUGUCUGCUUGGACAUGACGCAGUUGUACGCGAGUUGCUAUCGAUGCUUGAUAUGGAGGGCAGUGGCAUUCUUAUUGUAUGGACAGUGUUGUUGAACGGACUGGCUGAAAUAGUGCCACAGUGUGAAGGAUCAUUGCAGAAUGAGAUUGCCAGCUUGCUGUUUAGUGUGUUACGAAUACUAGUUGAAGCGCCUGGGCUUUCUUUCUUUGCGUACAUACUGACUUCUGUGAUGCUACCUGUACUGAGUAGCUGGGCUGUUUCUCGUGGGUGGGACCACGAGUCUGCAGUAGGUUUCAGUCAUGUUGCUGGGCAGACAUUGGAUUUAAUUGCUGAGCAGUUACCCAAGUUAGGAGAGUCAGGAGACAGUCUAGUGAUUAAUCUCGUACCAGACAUUAUCAAAAAGAUGUUGGAAUUGACAGGAGUCUUGAUUGUACAGGAAGAUGAGAAGAUAACAAGAGUUGGCUGCUCAACGUUUAGACUAUUGAUUGGUUGCUGCCAACAAAAUUUGAGGCAUCUAUUGCUUCAGCCUGUCUGCAGUUGUCUUGCCAAGUCAAUGGAUGCUUCUCUAGAUGCAGUGAAGAGUUUGAUCAAUCGGUAUGAGCCUGAAAGUGCCAGUCCAAAAGGGAAGGAUGAUGAUGUCAAAGUUGUAAGCCGAAAAAACACCUCUGAAGGUGUUGUUCGUCGAUCUCUUCAUCUUGCAGAACAGGUGUUUAUUGCUACUGCUUCAGCGGCGGCAGCAAGGCGGAAACGAGUUCGGUUGAAUGUGGACGAUCCAUUGAGUGAUGAGGUGUCUCAUUCUCUCGCAUUUGUUAUUCCAGAAACGGAUGACAAAAACAUCAAAAGACGUAUUUCUUUUCGAAGACUGGUGGUGAGUCUUGUUUCUCAUCAGCUUCUUCUUCAGAUGGCCCACGACUUGCUCAUAUUCUCUGUGACACCGUCUGCUUCAAUGGAAUUGUCAGAGAUAUUGUGCCUUAUCGACUCUAUUGUAGAGUCGUGUAUUGUCGCUGUUGAUUUUGAUAGCAGACCUGCUCUUCAGCUGACUGUCAGCAAGUUAGCUGUUAUGGAACCUGUGUUGGCUUCUCUUGCAAAGCAAGCAGCAAUGGGUGUUAAUGUUAUUGUACAACUGGUCAAGGAAGCUGCCAGAUUGGCGAUGGACAUAAGCCAGCAGACAUCAAACGGCAUGGAAGAUGGAAGUCAAGAAGUGAGCAAUGAAAGUGUUGGACAUAACAACAGUGAUUUGAGAUCUUUACCAACUGCUAGUGAAUGCAUGCUGUUGAAUUGCAUUGUGCCAUAUUUCAAACAGGUGUGUCACACAGUAUUUGAUCAUCUGCUAUUCUUGCAUCGAGUCAAUCAGUCGGAUAAAACACCGUCUUCUAUUGACUACAGUUACGUGUUACCAGCUUGGGGGCAAGUAGCAGCACAACUCAUUCAGUGCAUCAAUGAUCUGCCUUCAACUAUCUUUCAGACAUUUUUGGGUAGCACUUUUGGUUUCUUGACAGAAUUGGUGACUGUUAUACAAGACGAUCUUGUGAGAGACAGAGUGAAAACAUUUUUUAUCAAAGUCGGAGCACACUACCAUAUUCUUGAUCAAGUCAACAACACUGAGGCAUAAGAAACGUGUAAUAGAGAAAACUCUAGCUGUUGUACAUGUAGUAGGUAUUGCAGAUUUGUAGUAUAUGAUCUAUGAAUAUAUAUCUAAAUAUGCUACUA